UUAUACUUCAUAAACUUCAUCAUCAUCAUCAAGACAACAACUAUACUUCUUUAAAUUCUUUUUGGAGCAGCAACAAUAACAACUAUGGAAUCAGCUUUUGGUUUCCGGUUAAUCCAAGCUACAACCACUUCUUUUCUUCCUUACCAGCUCCCAAUCAAUCUCAAAUUACCAAGCUUACAGCGUCUUGAGCAGCAAAGGAAUCAAAGAAAGGUGGUUAGAAGUUGUUAUGGGUCAGAUGAAAUUGAUGGAUUUCAGUUCACACCCACCAAGAUUUUUAUGGAAGAGGCAAUUGGAGCUGAAUAUGGAGAAGGGUUUGAGACAUUUAGACCAGAUGGACCAUUAAAAGUUGAUGUUGAUUUUUUGAAUGAUAGAUUGCAAGAAGGGUUUCUAAAAAGAAUUCGAUAUGCUAUGAAGCCUGACGAAGCUUAUGGACUUAUUUUCUCAUGGGAUAAUGUGGUGGCGGGUACUCAAGCCUUGAAGUUGAGUGCAUGGAAAGAACUUGCACUUGAAGAAGGAAAGGAGAUCCCUGAUGAUGAUGAUGUGCAAAGGCUUUUACUUCAUGGUGCUCCUGACCAUGUUUUGGAUAAGGUGUUAAUGUGGGGAAAUGAAGCACGUGAAUUAGAAAGAUUGAAGUCGAAGCUAUCGCAAUUGUAUAGUAACAAUCUUCUCAAGCUUUCAGAACCCAUGGAAGGUCUGAAAGAAUGGUUGGAUGCAGUAUCUACUGCGCGCAUUCCUUGUGCUGUUGUGUCAAGUCUUGAUAGGAAAAUUAUGGUUGAAGUAUUGGAAAAACUGGGGCUUAUGAAGUAUUUCCAGGCAAUAGUAACAGAGGAGGAUGGCAUGGAUUCCAUGGCUCAUAGAUUACUUUCUGCAGCGGUAAAGUUGGACCGAAAACCAUCCAAAUGUGUGGUGUUUGAGGAUGAUCCACGUGGUGUAACUGCUGCUCACAACUGCACGAUGAUGGCGGUGGCACUUAUUGGUGCACAUCCAGCGUAUGAUCUGGUGCAGGCUGACCUUGCUGUUGGCGGCUUUACUGAACUAUCAGUGAUCAACCUACGAAGACUUUUUGCACAUACGGGUUCGACAUUCAUGGAACUACAAAAGCAAGUUGUAGAGAAAACACCUCCAAGAAGGAGACUGACAGUUGACACCAUCUUUUGAUUCUUUUGAAAUUCUUGCUGUAAAUUUUUGUAAAGUAAAAAAGUUUAAAAUCUGUUACCAUGUUCUUAUUUGAUAUCAAUUUUUGUAUAUAAAGCAACUCAUAUACAUAUAAUUAGAUGUAAUUCUCAAAUCUAGAACAAUUCAACCGCUA